UACUAUGUACUUUCCGAUGGUUUGCUCCGCUCCGGGGUCUGAAACGUCCGUGGCUAUCUAUGGGUUUUAACGUUUUCCCCCUUUCCCGUCGAUAAUCGAAGCGUCGGUCGGAACGCGCGACACUUGACAGCUCCGUCUGACCUUAUCCUACCCAUUCCCCUUUAACGUAUUUCCCACCUAUCAAUCGGUUCUCCUUUAAGCUCCUGGCAUUUAACGCUCGGGAUACGUAGUUUAUUCUCUGCCUCGGGAACGUGUCGUGUUCCGCUCGAGCAUACGAACAUUUUUCACGAGCGAACGUAUGAUUUCAGUUUAAGUGUCGAUGUGUUAUCCCGUGUCCGUGUAGGGGUGACCGUUCAUUCAUUAAAUCGAUGUCACCGCGUAACAUCUGCUAUCGCGUUGUAUAUAACAGCGAUUCUUCGCUUUCGCGUACAUGUCGGUCUUGCGCGUUUUUUAGAUCGCCUUUUAAGUAAUUUCAUUCGCGUACCAAUUUCUCCCCGAUUUCAAAACUAUGAAUGGAGCCUCGUUUCUUACAUACCUUCUCUAAUAAAAAUGAAUUUCAUACGAACGUAUGGAAUACUGUCAAUUAAAAUGAAAAUGUUUAAUCAAUUAAAGAGGAAAGCAUAAUGAGUAUGUGUAACAGCAGUGUAAUGGUAACUAUCUAGUGAGGGUUCGUGCCCAGGUAAUGACAAGGGAUGACAGUUCAGGUGGUUGGGUUCCUCUGAGUGGUGGUGGUUUAGCAAAUGUUUCGGUGAGACGGAGACCAACUUCUUUGAGUGGACACCAGACCAAUAACACUAAUGGAUCUGGUGUUUCUACUACAACUGCCUCUAAUACAAAUACUACGCACUCUGUAUCAACUACAGCUGCUGCUAAUACCCAAAGUCAUGGAUCUUCUAAUAGUUCCCCGUCAGGUACACCUAAGAAGAGGCACGAGUAUCUUAUUUAUGGGAAACGCAUCACUGAUCAAUCAGUCGUUCUUAGCUGUACAAUUAAAAAGGAUUUUGAAUAUAAUAAGGUAAUGCCAACUUUUCAUCACUGGAGGACAGGGGAUAAAAGAUUCGGAUUAACGUUUCAAACGGCUGCGGACGCGAGAGCUUUCGACAAAGGUGUUCGUACGGCUGUUGAAGAAUUGUUAGAAGGGUUGACCAAUUCGACGUUAUCCGGUAAUUCAUUAGACGCUGGCGACGAAGAUGUAUUUAUGACUUUGAACUUACCUGUGGAACCGCUGGAACCGCGUCCAUCAUCGGAUACGCCUCACGGAAUAGUACGAGUUCCCAAUUAUCAUUCCCAGUGUUCAGAUAUUCCUGAUUCACAGAAACCUAUUCAUUAUAUUGGUGGACCAUCAAUAAAAGUGCCACCGUCUCAGCAUCCUCUCGCGUCGGCCGAAGAUGUUGGAUCAGAUAGCUAUUCAUACGUGCAGCUCACGACGCUUAAUCACGAAUACUUAUAUCCGAUCAUCGGCGAUCAUAAAGGAGACCGGUUGAAUAGACAUAAUACCAGCAGUUCUCUCAAAAAACCGGAUAUUAUAGAAUCGCAACCAACUAAAACUACCAUGGAACGUAAUGUACAAUUACGGUGUAAACAUUGCCAAGAACUGUAUACAGAGCAGCACAAUCCUAGAGGAUCUUGUGAAUACGCACCCGAUCCCAUUAAACGGGGAAUCGCAAAAAUUUCGUGUCUGUCCUGUGCUCAGGGUAUGUUGUACCACUGUAUGAGUGACGCCGAAGGUGAUUUCUCUCAGAAUCCUUGCAGUUGUAGCACAGAAGAAGGAUGCGGACGCAGGUGGUUUGGUUUGGCGUUAUUAUCACUGAUCGUUCCUUGCUUGUGGAUUUAUCCUCCACUAAGAGCCAUUCAUUGGUGUGGCACGUCUUGUGGAAUAUGCGGUGGACGUCACCAUCCGAUGGAAUAACUGGAGGAACCCUUUGAUAUCUCUGCUCCAUAUUCGGUUGAAUCAACAACCAAGUUCUCUUCAUCACGCGGUGCUGUGGCUAAUGUGUAUGAGUGUCACGACUUGAGUAUGGGACGUUGUCAGAGGUAUCAAAGGGGUAGACAGUUACCAGUACAUGCACUUAUCCAUCAGCGUCAUCUCUAAGAAUAACUUGUUUCAAAAAAGGAGGACAAAAAAGUAACAAAAAAAGUAACACCCCCCCCCCAGAAAAAAAUAUUACACAAAUUAUCGCAUUUAGCCGUGAAACCAUGUAUAUUCCAUACAUUUUGUAUAUUUUAUUAGCAAAAUGCAUUAUUUAGUCACAUCUGUACAUUGAACAAUUUGAGAAUGGACGUCGUUUAGUGUCAACUCUGAAUGAUUGGUCCAUCAUAAUUAUAUCUGGACUGACCAACUAUUUGUGAUACAUGGUGCACAAUGUAAGAAUUCAUUCAAGAAAUGUGACACAAUUUGUUAUUCCCAGUUUGAAAGCUAGUUUUCGUCUCGUAUAUAAAAAAAUGAAACAAUAAAAGAGAGCGAGUGAGAGGGAGAGAGAGAAAGGAAACUGUGCCCUAUAUAAUUAUAAGAUUGAAUUCGUGGUGAUCGACGAAGACUAUAAAGACAUGCAUUAAAAAAAAUCUGUGUGGUAUUAUAAUAACUAAAUUAAUUUAUUAAUCUAAAACAAUUAAUUUAUUAAUCUAGUUUGUGUCUCGACACUUUCGUCACAAAAUUAAAAGUAAAUGCACCUCUAUUAUUAAUGUAAAAUAUGUUAUCUGAACUUUUUUUAUUUUUUUAAGUACGAGUUUUGUAUAUUACUGUACAUUUGAACCCAGUGUUGACAUUAUUUGUCUCGUAGUGUGUAUUUAUAAAGAAAAUGAUCUAAAUUAAAUUUAAUUUAAUUGAAAACGUAUGUGUAUAUUUUGAAAUUUAAAUGUUUUAUGAGAAAGAUUGCGAAUUUUUAGUCGGUUUCAAUAAUUAGCACAAACUGGUUGGCGAAACUUAAAUUUUCAGAAAACAUAAAGGCAUUAAGCACGAUCAUUCGAUGGAAAGUGAUCGUGCUUACCUGGAGUAAAUAAUUUCGUUUACUAUAACACGCAAUUUGGUUUUUAUAUUCAUUUUUUGUAUUGUGCUUUUAAUAUUUACGAAAUAUUCAUAUUUAUAUAAACUAUAUAGCCGGUUAUCUGUUAAAUGAAAUUUCUUACGCUUCACUACGUUGGCACACGAUGUUACACGCUAAAUAAUAUCAGUAUUUACUAUUUACUAGCAUGGUACUUCUAGUACUAUUCAUCUUAUUACUUCAUGCGGAAUGAAGAUAAGCUUAAGAAAACUUUUAAGUACACGUAUUGUCAGUUUGAGGCUUAUUAUGUAUUGGAACAUGUUUUCAGUUCUUAGAGCUAAGUGAUAAACCGAGUUGUACAAUAUUGUAAACGACGUAUCCACGUUGGCAAUUUGUUUUGCACAAAACGGAUUGUUUGCAGAUCUGAAUCUCUCUACUUUAUAGUGUAUGUAUUAUAUAUAUUUCUGUAACAUAUUUGGCACUCUUAAAAGAACUUUCAUUUCGCUCUACUGUUGUUAUCCACUUCGUUAUUUUUCUAAUUGUACUAGCAACUAGUGAGUAACUCGUCUCAUUCAAUGUACUCUACAGUAAUUGAAAUGAUCUUCAUGAUAUUUGAAUAUUUAGGAAAUUAAGGUAUUUUUGAAAGAUGGAUGCUGUUGGUUUUUAGCAAUAAUUCUCCUUAUUGAUCAAUAAUUAUACAUUCUUUAUGAGUGUUUCAUGUUACGAUGGUUGCAGAAAAAUCCUUUAUUCGCAUUAAGCAUUAAGCAUCUGAAUUUGAUGUUCAAAUAUUAAUUGGGACAAAAUUAAUUACGAACUUAUUGAAGCGUUAAGAAUGAUUAAGUGUGGCACAAAAGCAUAGUUAUUUCCUUGCUCAUUGUACGUGAUCAUAAAUAUUAAUGCAAGCUGGGAACUAAUAAUUAUAAUUUUCAAUCAAUACUUCGAAAAUGAUAUAAUAGUUAGUACUGAUGGAUCACGUGACUGAUGUAGAAUAGAGAAUUCUUAAAAUGUAAAUGGUAAAGUUAAUCUCACCUUCGGAAUAAUUAAUUAAUUGCCCGAAGAGUUAGAUCAACAAAUUUUUUACAGAAAUUUACUUGUUUAGGAAAGAGCAUUAAAUAUUUUAGGGACGUACAUGAAGUAAAGAAUUAACUACGUAUUAUUGUUCAAUAAGUUUUGUUUAGGAAAGAGCAUUAAAUAUUUUAGGGACGUACAUGAAGUAAAGAAUUAACUACGUAUUAUUGUUCAAUAAGUUUUGUUUGCCUUAUAUGUUUCUAGUCCAAUAAUAAUAAUGUAUUUUUAGUUCAGUUUCUUAACUAAAUACUUUUUUGUAUCAAAAAUUGUCCUGUGCUCUAAAUUUAAAACGAUCGUGUCCAUAGACCUCGCACACCUAUGCAACACUGUAUAUAAUUUCAUUAACAAAUUAGAUGAAACUAUUUUACAUAGGAGGAAAAUUUUUUAGAUUUUUUUGACGAUUCUUAUUUGUUGAGCUUUGAAUGGCAUUCGUACAAAAAUUGUAGAAACCCUUGUUUUUAAAGCGUAUAAUACUGUGUAAAUAUUAAAUUGUUUACUGCCAUACAAAAAUAUUUAAUUUUGAUAUCGAGAAAGUUUUGUUAAUACCCGUUGAUUCAAAGUAUUCCUCUGGUACGCGUAACUACGAUUUCUUUCUGUGUAUGAUAUUUAAUUAAACAUUGCGACCCGUUUCUUUUUUAGUUAAAAUAAGUACAAAAGAUUUAUUUUUUCAAUAAGUCCGUUGUGAUGACUCAUACCAAAAUGAGAUGUAAAAGAAUAUGUUGUAUAAUCGUUGUCACAGGUGUAGUUUUGUAUGAGAAGAGAAAAGUUUGCAUGACUGAGCGAGCGUGUACGUAAUUCUAUUUAAAUUUCUUUUUAAUUAUGAAGCGCGAAUGUGGAACGUGAUUGAUCCAAGAUAUUAAAACGAUGUCUAUAAUUAUAAUGAUCAAUAAUGAAUAGGAAAUAUAACUAAAUAUAGUUUGUACGAUAAUUAUACGACAAUGUUGAUGAUAAUAAUUAUCGAUCCACAGUCACGUAUGGAUGCAUAUACAAAAAGAGCGUGCGACUUAUGUAUAUGCAUGUAACAUAACGAGCUGACGAACGCGGAAAAGUAUGCACAAUUAUUAGAGAAUAUGUGUACACGAAAAAAUAUAUGUGAAAGUUGUCAAACUGGGAAAAAAAAAUGCAUAUAUAAGGUGCCUGCUAGAAGUGGAAAAAAAAUGUGCAAACACAAUUUGGUGGCUCAAAUGCGAGUUUCCAUGUAAAAACUUAGAGAGUAUUUUCACUGAUGAUGUAAAUGCUAUAAACAGUUAAAACGAAAUACGAUUUUAAUUCACAGAUUCAUUAUAUCAUAAAUGUUUAAAUCUUGUAUCAUUGUAAUUAUAUAAGAUAUGUAUCAUAAUCCAAAUGUAUAAGAAAUAAAUAUAUUGUAUCAUGACGAGAUGUCAUAAAAUCAA